GAGACAAUAAACCACAGGCAAGACUGACCCACUUCCUCAGUGCCAUGCAUGUUGUCUGAGAGUGAUAAUUUAGUGAUGCUGUGAAAAUCUGCCACCACUGGUGUGGUUUUAACAUGACCUGCUUAGCUGGUGUUCUCACGCCAUGUUUUUCACCAUGUUGCAAUGAAGGUGCAGAAACUGCACAGCUGAUCUCAGACUGAUCACAACAUUAUUCCACUCACAGACAUCUGUGACUGAAGCAGCACUGAAACCUGUCACCUGAAAACCAAAGGUGAUCAGGCUUUUUAUGUUGCUGAUUAUGACUUUAUCUUCACACACUAAUUAUUUCUUUAUGUGCUGUAUGUGUACUUGUAUUGCUAAUCCAUCGCUUACAAUUGGAAAGCACUUUAGGGCAACUCUUAUUGUCUUUAAAUGUGCCAUAUAAGUAAAACUUGACCUUAAGCAAAUUGCAAUUGUGGACAAAAUAAUGCAGUUUGUGACAGAAUAAAGGUUAUUAAAGUAGUUUAAUAACCUUUAUUCUAUAAAACAUAUUUAUCAAAUGCAACACACACAUAUCUGGAGAAUGUCCUUUAUUCCCCAAAUAUUUGCCUUAAAUUUAAAGUUUAAAUAGUUUUAAAACGCUUUUGUCCACCGUGCCUGACAGUAUUACACCACAUAUUCCUCAUUCACAUCCAUGAUGUCUGUGAAGAUUCAGUCAUCCAGGUCAUGGUGUUUCUAAGUGCCAUGCAAAGGUGACUGAUCUUGCAUGAGUUUUCUGAAGACACAACAUGGCAGCAAACCACUAUGCUCUUGUGGUUUCAUCGAAACACAGAGCAGACAGGAAACAGCAACAAUAAACUGAACAACAUCGUGGUUUUUAAUUGUUAUUCCUUGUGUUUCAGCUGUAUCUGAAAAACUGCAGUGUACUGUAUGCACUACAGUGCAGCAAGUACCUGAACACUGGGGAAACAAGGAGAUUAAAUGCCUGAACUCUAAUCAAUUAGAACUAAAGACACUUCUUCAGGAACUUCAACCAAGUUCCUGUUGCCUUUGUAUAACCCUAACCUUAACGCUUAGAAAUCAAAUCAAAGAUGGUUUUAGAGCAGCACCAAAAAAAUGGGUGUUUCCUGCUUCAUUGAAGACACAUUCAAUGUGACAAACACUUUAUGGACAAAAAUUAGAGAGCAUUUACAGUCUAUACUUUCCUACAGUCCAGUAAUUCCCAACACCACAACACAUAAGGAUAUUCUAGUUCCUUCAACCUUGGAUCAACAGUUUCUCUUUGGACUUUUCCCAUUUCAAAAUGACAGUUUGGGUGAGUCCUGACCUCAACCUAAUCCAACACCCUGAGGAUUGACUGCAGCCCAGACUGAGGGCCAGGCCUCCAUCACCUGACAUCUAUGGCUGACCUCACCAUCGCUCCUGUGGCGAACUGAAGGUUUCCUACUGACGCUCCGGAGAGCAACAUAGGAACUUAGACAGAAGUAGGUCUGGUGCAGGAAAAUCAGGUCAAAUGUUGGGAAAUUAGUGGGUCUAUUUUUUGGCUCAUAGAGAAAAGACAGGUGUAUUGUCACAUUAAAAUCUUCAGCAGCUGGUGGUUCUCCAGCUGGUCUGGGACCAAAUAGAUUUUUACCAUUAAUGGGCUAAAUAAAGCAAAAUCUUAUAUUCAUCAGGGCGACACAAACACAGCUCCAAAUUUACUUAGCAACUGUUUGCUAAGAAGCUAAGAAGUUCCACCAUAUAAACCAAAAAGGUGUUGACAGCUUGUUUCUGCUGGCCCCAGGUGGACAAAUAUUCAAUUACCGCAGGAUUAAAACAAUAAAAAGCAAACAUUUUUUGCUGCAGUGUUUGUCUGGUGCCACAAGUCGCCCAGGAAGCAAUGAGGUGUGAAUUAUACUUCAUGGUGCUUUGGUUUCACAGCUGCAGAAGUGGUAUAACAUGUUGUGUGCAUUUUAGUUUUAAAACGUGAGACAUUUAUUUCCAGUCCGCACAGUCACAGUUACACAUUUGUUUGUCCUUCAGACCUCAGCACUUUCAGUUUCUCUCUUCGGAUGUGUUGUGUUCAUUUUAUUGGCUUGUUUUUUGUGAAAUAAUUUUUCUGACUCCUGACACCUUCCAGCUCUGUCCCUCUCAGAGCUAAAACUGAGAUAAUAUUGGACUCAGUUCAGCAUAUUAACUUGAGGAGUGUUCAUAGCUUGUUUCUGCUGCCCCCAUGUGGACACAGAAUUUAAGUGAUUAAAAUCAUUUAUUAAACAGUAAAAGGCUUAUAAAAGAAGGAUCUACAGUUUACUGACGGCUCAAGACUGUGGUGGCAAGUUGUUUUUUCUGUAAGACAUUUUCUUUGCAGUGUCGCUGCAGUGCUUAGAAGUCCACACAGAAGCAAUGGAGAAGUGUGAAUUGCACCUCAGGGUGUUUUUUAGUGUUACCAAUAUAAAGAGGAAGUGGUAUAAGUCAGCCAUUUGCCCGUCAGCUGUGAGAAAAAAUGAAGACCCUUUUGUUCUACUACUACUACAGCGUCUGUGUGUUUCAUUCACUUGCCUCAUCUGACCCCAAAACAGAAGUGUUUAUCCAGAUUACCCCCAGCAGAUCUCAGUUUUUUAAAUAUGAACAAGUGUCUCUGAGUUGCGAGGUCUCAGCUGGAGGCAGUCGGCUGAAAAGGAACACAACCACCGGAGAAACUGAGACCUGCCCAUUCAGCUGGGGAAUUCUUAAGGGCUCAACCUGCACCAUCAACACAGCGUACCCCUCGGACACCGGACUCUACUGGUGCGAGUCUGGUUCAGGUCAGCGAAGCCAGACUGUACACAUCAGUGUUACAGCCGGUUCUGUGAUCCUGGAGAGUCCUGCCCUUCCUGUGACAGAGGGAGACUCUGUGACUCUGCGCUGUAGGAGUAAAACAAGGAUUUUGUCCAACCUCAAAGUUGAUUUCUCCAAAGAUGGCCUCCUUAUCACGAGCAGUUUUACAGAAAACACAACUCUUCACAGUGUCUCCAAGUCUGAUGAAGGACUCUACAAAUGUCACAUCUCUGGAGCUGGAGAAUCAGCAGAGAGCAGACUGACUAUCAUAGAUCCAGCAGUUCCAGAUGCUUCUGCAGCCCCACUGUCUAUCUCUGUGCUGGUAUGUCAUGUAGUCGUAGGGAUUCCUUACCUGAUGACCACCAUCUUACUGGUACUCAUAUGCAGAGACAAGAGAAGAGUUUCUGCUUUUGUUUUCUUCAUGUUGCAGCGCUUCAGCCUCCUGCAUGAGACAUAAGCCACGACGUAAUCAUGGAGAUGGACUAAACAACAAGACCACACACAGUUCUUAAAUACUGUUAUCUAUAUGUAUUUCAGAAUUACAUUUUUAUUUGUGUACCCUUUGUAUCAUUUUAUGUUCAGAAAUGAACAUAAGUGUUACUAUAUAACGUAUGUAUUGUACUUGUAAAUGAAUGUACUUUAUACUGAA